GACAAAAGUACAUCUGAGAGUCUGCAUUAGCAUUUGUCAAAGUAAAAUCACGUUUUCGGGAACAGGGAUUUUCCUCGUGAGGCGUCCCAUCAUUUAAUUUUAUACAAAUUUCCACUAUUAUCUCUUGGGCGUUUCAGAAAUUCGCGUAUAAAAUGCUGGUCUAUGCUGGUUAGCCAUUCACAUUAGUUUGCUCAUUUGCUCAUUUGCAUUUGAUAGAAAACAGAGGGAAAGGAAAACUCUUUUCAUCAUGUUCAAAUUUCUGUGCUGUGUUUUUCAUGGUCUAGUAUUUCUCUGCUGCCUCAGUUUCGCAGCUCCCAUUAAAAAUGGGUUGCUGAUGAAUGGAAACUUUGAAUACGCUCCGAAGGCUUCUGCCAUGAAUGGAACGGAGGUCAUGGGUUCGAACUCUCUCCCCUUUUGGCGGAUCAGGGGCUUUGUGGAAUACAUCUCAUCUGGGCAUAAGCAAGGCGAUAUGUUCCUCGUUGUUCCUGAAGGAGCACACGCUGCCAGGCUGGGGAACGAGGCGCAGCUGAUCCAGAGGAUAGAUGUGAAAAAGGGCUCUCUUUAUUCUCUCACAUUUAGCGUGGCUCGAACCUGCGCCCAAGUGGAGACCUUGAAUGUCUCUGUUCCACCGGAGGCAGGGGAGUUGCCGAUGCAGACAAUAUAUAGUAGUACUGGGUGGGAUUCAUACGCUUGGGCUUUCCGUGCGGGUGAGAGCGCAGUAGAUGUGAUACUGCACAAUCCAGGCGUCGUGGAGGAUCCUGCCUGUGGGCCCCUCAUCGACGCCAUUGCCAUCAAGGAGCUCUUUCCGCCCCGCUAUGUUAUGGGCAAUUUGAUUAAGAAUGGGGAUUUUGAAGAAGGGCCGCUUGUGUUAGGCAACAAUUCAUACGGAAUUCUGUUACCACCCAGCAUAGACGACCGCAACUGCGCUCUGCCAGGUUGGAUAGUCGAAUCUCUCAAGUCCGUCAAAUACAUCGACGCUCCACAUUACGCAGUGCCUCGGGGCAGGAGGGCAGCGGAGCUUUUGGCGGGCAAAGAGAGCGUGAUUGCACAGAUUGUGAGAACACAGGUGGGAAAACGCUACAUGCUGAGCUUUUUGGUGGGCGAUGGAAGCAACGCAUGCAACGGGUCAAUGAUUGUGGAGGCUUUUGCAGCGAUGGAUACUGUGAAAGUACCAUAUGAAUCCAAGGGCACUGGAGGAUUUAAGAGUGCCCAUCUAUCCUUCAAAGCCAUUUCUGCAAGAACUCGUGUGAGGUUUUACAGCACGUAUUAUCAUAUGAGAAGUGAUGAUUUCAGUUCAUUGUGUGGGCCUGUCAUAGACGAUGUCAAGCUUGUUGCCCAUUAAAAAGCAGUGUACUUACUGCAAGUUUUUAAAUGAACUACUACUAGUUUAUACAUCUGUGUAGAAUAUGUGGGGCAGUCUAUGUUAAUGGAUGUUUUGGACUUAGCUUGAUAAUAUGCCUUGUACUGUGUUUUACAAACAUGCCCAACGUUGUUUAACUUUGGAGUUUUUAAGACUGUACUACCAAUUCCUAAUUCUUUGCAUGUGGGCGUUUUUUUGGUAUUUGAAAUUCAUGGAAUGAAUGUAGACGGUUCAGUGA